AAUGAUCCAAUUUUCCAGGUAUAUUGUUAGUCAUAACCGAUAUACAAACAAUUUUGUUUGUAUUAUCAAAUUAUGAAAAAAUUUUCAAUAAUAAUCAAUUGAUUGGUUAUUUGAAAAUAAUACAGCUAAUUAUUAAUUGGAAAAUAUUCGAAAUAUUUGCAUUGGUUUGUUCAAUAGCCGGUGCUAUUGCAACAUCGAUUAUUGAAAUAUUUUUCAUCAUUUGUCAUGUACAUUUUUGGCAAAUUGAACAAUUAUUAAUGAUAAAAAAUGUUAAAAAGUCAUCAUCAAUUUAUAAUCAAAACAAUGGUAAUGGACGUGUUGGCCGAAAAUGUCACUAUAGAAUCAUAAAAAAUUUAGAUAAAUUUCGUUAUUAUAAUACAAAAAAUUUAUCAUUAAUAUUUGAAGCCAAUCAUUGUUAUGGACGUACAUUUUUCGUAUCAAUAUUUUCAUUAAUGGUGUUCAAUUGUUAUCUGGUCAUAUUCAUGGUUACAGAUCAUACAACAUUAUUUUAUGAAAUUUUAAUCAUUAUAUUAUGUGCCAUACAAUUUAUAUGUAUAUUUUUUAUACAUUAUCAAUUUGUCAACAUAAAUCGUCAUUUUUAUCAUUCAUCACCAAUAUUGAUGAGUCGUAUGGCUACCACAGAAUUUGAUGGUAAAUAUUUGCAAACAAAAUUAAAAUUAUCCAAUUAUGCACAGGCAAUGUAUACAAAAAAUCCAUAUGGAAUAACAUAUUGGAGUUUUCAGACAAUCAAUAUGAGUGAAUUUGGAAAGUUUCUUUUACUCUAUUCACAAUUGAUAAUGUUUAUAAAAACUCAUAUGAUUACGGAUAAAAAUGGCCACAAUUCAGCAUGAAUUUUUUGAUCAAUUUGAAUUUUCAACCAUUGACUAGUGAUGAUUUUUCUGGAAAAUUGUUGUAAAUAUCUCUAGUACAAGCGUACUAUAAUGUACGUAAAAUCAUUAUGGAUUUUCAAAUGACUGAUUCAUUCAUUUAAUAAUGAUGAUCAUCAUUAGUACAGAAAUUCCUUUUGAUGACAACGACGACGACGAUGACAAAAAAAAAUCAUUAUAUCAUUAUCAUCAAAAAGAAUCAUGCGAUUUAGUGAAUGAUUUCAUCGAUUUCAUCGUAAUCGUAAUUGAUAUUUGUAAAAAAAAACAAUAAAAUCGUAUGAUGAUUUAUGAGAAACAUGAGAAACAUCUUUGAA